AUGUAUGUAUCGAGCUUGGAUGGAAUGAACGAGCGACUGAUGUUUACAUGUCCUUCGCAGGGAUACGUCGGUGUGUUGGGGCUGCUGGCAAUACUGGCGCCCCCUCCUCUGGAGCACCGUGCGUUCGUGCACGCAUCGCUCCUCCUCGCCGUCACGUGGUUCACCUACGUGUAUCGCGACGUAUGGCCCCUCGCUACUUUCAACGGGUCUCCAGCCGACCUAGCUGAGGGCAGUAUGCUCUGGGCAAAGAUCGCAUUGCUCUCUCUUGGGGGAGUGGGGAUCCCGCUCCUCACCCCGAGAAAGUACACCCCCGUGAAUAUCAAAAUAGACGUUGCGACGGAGCAGACUGCAUCCAUUCUCUCGUUCCUUUCGUACGGCUUUGUGGAGUCGAUCGUCUGGCGGGCUUGGCGCAUUCCGCGCCUCACCUACGAAAUGCUUCCGCCACUGCCCGAGUAUGACUAUCUGACGCACCUCAGGCAGAAAAGCUUCCCUUACUUGGAUCCUCUUCAAUCCAAGUCCCGCAGGCACCUUGCGUUCGGCCUGAUGCGAGUGUUCGCUCUCGUCGACUUCAUAAUGGUGAGCACUCUACGCACCGUUUCCGCCGUCGCAUCGUUUGGAGCACCUAUCAGUGUCAACCAGCUCCUUUCAUACAUGGAGACGGGCGGAGCCGGUGCUCAGGUCCGACCGUGCUUCUGGAUCGCCCUCUUCUUCUUCGGCACUGCAACGAGGGAUAUUUUGAUCCAGUGGCUCGACUUCAAGGACACUCGUAUCAGUAUCCGUGUGCGGGCCAUCAUCACGGACCUCGUCUUUGAGCACGCCUUGCGCAUUCGCGUAAAGGCAGGAACGACGGAGGUUGACUCCAACGACGUUCGCCAAGAAGCUUCCGAGGAUACCUUUGUCGAGAGCCCAGACUCGCAUGACGACGCAGCUGCGAAUGCCAAUGACUCCACCGCACAGACGAAAGGAAAAGGAAAGGAGCCUAGUGCCGACGCUGCGAAGGCAGAUCGUGCGGAGGGGAGCGCUCACCUCAUCGGGAAGAUCAACAACCUCGUCUCCGGCGACCUUCAGAACAUGAGCGACCUGAGCAUGUUGCUCAUAUUCUGGAUGGUUGAGAUGCCGGCCCAUGUCGUCUUCUGCACCGUCUUCCUUUAUAGGGUCCUCGGCUUGAGCGGUAUUGUUGGUAUCCUCAUAACGGCGUGCACGCUACCAUUACCAGGAUACCUAGCCAAGAAUGUCAAGAAUUUACAAGCUGAGAAGAUGAAACGGACGGAUUCGCGUGUGCAAACUGUCACUGAGAUGAUGAGCGGCAUACGUAUGAUCAAGCUUUUUGGAUGGGAAGGUCGCACCGCUGCCCAACUUGACCAGAAGCGCGAAGAAGAGCUCGUCGUGGUGCGCAAGACUAAGAUUCUCACUGCCUGUAUCGGUCUUUGCAACUACGCACUGCCGCACUUCAUCAUGCUGUUGACGUUCUUCACAUAUACGGUGAUCAUGAAGCAGGAACUCACAGCCUUGGUCUCCUUGAUUCGCAUUUCCAAUUUCCUUUGGAACACGGAGCUCAUUGACGAGUUUGCGGCAAACAAAGAAUCCGAGGAAUGGGAGGUGCUGUCUGACACGGUCCCUCAGGACCGAGUAGUAGAUGUCAUUGGCAUCCGCCACGCCUCGUUCACCUGGUCCAAAGAUGCAGCGCUCUCGCAUGCAUCAGGCGGGGCGCGCAGACGGAGGUUCUUGCUGAGCGUAGACGACGAGUUGUUUUUCCAGCGCGGGAGGAUCAACUUGAUUGUUGGUCCGACUGGGUCGGGGAAGACAUCGCUGCUCAUGGCGCUUCUUGGGGAGCUGCACUACAUACCGUCAGGCCCAGACUCAUUCGUAAGUCUUCCGAGAGAGGGCGGUAUCGCAUACGCAGCGCAGGAGUCGUGGGUGCAGAACGACACGAUCAGGAACAAUAUCGUCUUCGGAGCUACCUUCGACCAGACGCGAUACGAUAAGGUUAUCGAUCAGUGUGCCUUGAAGCCCGACCUCAGUCUCUUCGAUGCUGGCGAUCAGACUGAAGUCGGCGAGAAGGGUAUAACGUUGAGGUGCGCUCGGAUUACGCUCGCUCGCGCGGUGUACUCUUCUGCAGCGAUCCUUCUGCUCGACGACAUCCUCGCGGCGCUCGACGUACACACGUCUAAAUGGAUCGUAGAGAGGUGCUUCAAAGGCGAUCUACUCCAAGGCCGCACUAUCAUCAUAGUCACGCACAACAUCGCUUUAGUCAGCCCAAUUGCGGACUUCGUCGUCGACAUGGGCUUAGACGGGCGCAUCUUGAGCCAAGGCUCCUUCGCCAAGGUUCUCGAGCAAGACUCGCAUCUCGUUAAUGAGGUCACAGAAGAGCGCAAGGAAAUCGAGGAGGCCGAGAAAUCAGCGAGCGUCAAGGAGUCGGAAGACGCAGUGGCGAAGCAGAGUGCCGGAAAGCUCGUCGUCGAUGAGGAGAUGGAAGUGGGGCACGUUGGGUGGACGGCACGUACGUCGCGCUCUGAGAUUCCUUCCAUCAGCACGAACUCAGAUCCUCUGAUAGUCAAAUUGUGGAUCGGUAACACGUCAAACCGACCGGCUCUGUUUUGGAUCGUCUACAUCGUCGGCCAAAGCUCCCACCAUAUCCUCAUCAACGUGCAGGCAUGGUAUCUCGGCCACUGGGCAUCCCAAUACGAGACUCACCCGGCUAGCGAAGUCUCUCUACACCAUUACCUGACACGAUACACAUCUAUGAUCGUCGUCAGCAUGAUCAUGGUCGUGUUCUUCGUUAUCUGGUUCGUUUACGGGACAAUGAGGGCCUCCAAGGUCGUUCACCAAAAGCUCAUCCGUUCUGUGCUCGGCACCACGCUCAGAUGGCUGGAUAGGACACCGACCGCCCGAAUCAUCACGCGUUGCACCGAGGACAUACAGACAGUGGACGACGGUAUCUCCGCAUCUUCUCAGUUGUUUAUAGACCGGACCGUAUACAUGACACUCAAAGUCGUCUUCAUCGUGAUCAUCUCGCCGAUCUUCCUCGCUCCCGCCAUUGCGGUAGCAGCACUGGGCGGCUUCCUCGGGAACGUGUAUAUGAAGGGGCAACUUUCGACCAAGCGGGAGCUGAGCAACGCGAAGGCGCCCGUGCUCGGCCAUUUCGGCGAUGCGUUGAGCGGAAUUACGUCCAUUCGGGCCUAUGGCGCUCAGGAGGCGUUUAGGAAGGAGCUCGCCGUCCGCGUGGACAAGUAUAGCAGAGUGAACAUCAUCCACGAGCACUUCAAUAGGUGGAUCUCCACGCGUAUGGACUUCAUCGGAAACGUCUUCGCGAGCAGCCUUGCCGCGUAUCUCGUCUACGGUUCCCGACUCAGCGCCUCCAAUACGGGCUUCUCCCUCAACAUGGCCACCGCGUUCAGUGGGAUGAUAUUCGCCGUGGUCAGGGUCUUCAACACCUUCGAGAUUCACGGUACGUUCUUGGAACGCAUACAGCAAUAUCUCUCCAUCGAACAAGAGCCGAAGUCUACUGCUGACGGUGUGCCGCCCGCGUACUGGCCUGCAAGCGGACACCUCGUAGUCGAGAACCUCUCUGCGCGAUACUCUCCUGAUGGGCCGAAGGUACUUCAAGACAUUUCGUUCGAGGUCGCCUCUGGAGAGCGCGUGGGCAUCGUCGGACGUACGGGCAGCGGGAAGAGCUCCCUCACGCUCGCGUUGCUACGGUGCAUCCUCACCGAGGGAAACGUCAUCUACGAUGGACUCUCAACCUCCGCGCUCAACCUCGACGCCCUCCGCUCUGCCAUCACCAUCAUCCCCCAAGUGCCGGAACUCCUCAGCGGGACGCUCCGCCAGAACCUGGACCCGUUCUCCGAGCACUCCGACGCGGUCCUCAACGACGCCCUGCGCUCCGCCGGGCUGUUCAACCUGCAGGCCGAGGGCGACGCGUCGCGAAUCACGCUCGACACGCAGAUCGCAGGGGGCGGCGCGAACCUGUCCGUCGGGCAGCGGCAGAUCCUCGCGCUCGCGCGCGCGAUCGUGCGGCGGAGCAAGCUGCUCAUUCUCGACGAAGACUACGAGACGGACGCGAUCAUCCAGACGUCGCUCCGCACUGAGCUCGGCAAGGACGUCACUUUACUCACAGUCGCGCAUCGCCUGCAGACGAUCAUGGACUCCGACAAGAUCAUGGUCCUCGAUGCCAGACGCAUUGUCGAGUUCGGGAAGCCGAGCGAGCUGCUUGGGAACGAGAAAGGCAUGCUCCGUGCGCUGGUGGACGAGAGCGGGGACAGGGAGAAGCUGUACGCGGCGGCGAACGGCGCGUCAGCCUCGUAG